UUUUGGACAUCACUGCAAGUUUAACCUGUAAGAAUGACAGACGCAGAAGCAGAGGCGAGCCUUCCAACCAUUGAAAGAAAACCGGGUCUGCAGAUAUGGACUAUAGAGAAAAUGAAGAUGGUACCUGUCCCUGAAAAGGCCUAUGGGAGUUUUUUUGAAGGGGACUGUUACAUCAUCAUACACAACACAAAGACGCGGUCAGGAUUUGCCACUGAUCUACACUUCUGGAUUGGGCGCGAAUCGUCCCAAGACGAGCAAGGGGCAGCCGCUUUCUACGUGACUCAGCUGGACGAUGCGUUGGGCGGGAACCCGGUGCAGCACCGGGAGGCGCAAGGAUAUGAGUCGGCGGCCUUUAAAAGCUAUUUCAAGAAAGGCAUCAUGUGAAGAAAGGGAGGA